AUGCAUUUGUCGAGUAGUUCCAUCAUUUCCAGGAGAAAAGACGGGUCAAGUUGCCAAGAGGGCGGCAAGAGAAGGAAACGGUCCAGGAAAGAAAGUUAUUCCAUCUACAAAGUGAUGAAGCAGGUUCACCCCGACACCGGCAUCUCCUCCAAGGCCAUGAGCAUCAUGAACUCGUUCGUUAACGAUAUUUUCGAGCGGAUCGCGGGGGAGGCUUCCCGCCUGGCCCAUUACAACAAGCGCAGCACCAUCAGCUCCCGGGAGAUCCAGACCGCCGUGCGGCUGCUGCUGCCCGGGGAGCUGGCCAAGCACGCCGUGUCGGAGGGCACAAAGGCGGUGACCAAGUACACCAGGUCCAAGUGA